AUGGGUAUCCUCGCCGUUCUCUUCGUUCUCUUCGCCUCCUCGACGGCCGCAGUCCUCGAGCAUCCGUUGAUUUGGAGAGAGUCGAAAAUGAUCGAGAUGAUCAGAAACGGAGAAUAUCCAGCGUACCUCGAGUACCGGGAUCGGAUGAUUGCCAGCAGAGCGUCCAAUCUGGACACGAACGUUCAGAGCGUCACCGAUUACGUCUACUACGAAUACAUGGGAAACGUCACUGUCGGCACUCCGAACCAAGACUUUAUUGUGGUUCUGGACACCGGAUCCGCCAAUCUGCUCAUUCCGGGAACCAAUUGCACGUUUGUUCCAGAUUCGUGAGACUUCAGAUGAAGAAUGUUUGUAGAACUUACUGCGAGACGAAAAGAUUGUUCAACGAGAAGACAUCGACCACUUAUGAAGCAACUAAUCGGCCGUGGCAGAUCAAGUACGCGAGUGGAGACGCCUACGGAACACUGGGAAUUGAUACGGUCAAGGUGAGCAUUGAAGGGACGGAAGCAUCGACGAACUCGCGUAUUUCAGAUUGGAGGCAGUGGAGAACCCCAACUGGCCAUCCCAAAGUCCUACCUCGGAGUGGCAGACACAGUCGGAUCCGACUUCAAGUGGGUCAGUAAUCUAUCUGUAUUCUUAGCUCUUUAUCCGUUUAUUUCAGAGUCCAAAAGAGGGCAUAUUUGGACUUGCAUUCACAGCGCUCGCAGUCGACAACAUCACGCCCCCGCUCAUCAACGCCAUCAACCAGGGACUCCUCGAUCAGCCGAUCUUCACCACUUGGUUCGAUCGGAGAGGAGCUCCAGGCACUGCUGCGGGCGGAGCAUUCACCUACGGAGCACUGGAUACCACUCAUUGCGGACCAGUUAUCGGAUACGCGAUGCUCACCACGGCGAGACACUUCCAAUUCCAGGUAAUUCCGUACGUGUUGCCCCGUUUAAUGGACCCUUUUAGGCUUCUGGAUUCUCUCUGGGUUCCUACGCCUCUACGACAACAUACGAAGUGAUCACGGACACUGCCACGUCAUUCCUUUGUGGGCCACAAGUGGAAAUUGACAAUUUGGCAAAGGCAGCAGGGGCAACGGUUACUCUUCUUCUCUUAUUCAUCAUUUUUGAAAAUGAGCUUUCAGUGGGAUCCAGCCAAUCAAGUGUACAAUAUUCCGUGUGGAUCUGACGCCGGACCAAUCAAACUGAAAAUCGGAAACUACAAUUAUGUGAUUAGAGCAAACAAUUACAUCCUUCAGAUUGACGUUAGUCCAUUUCAUCCUUUCCAGACCGACCCAGCUCCUUUUCAGACCAACUCUUGUCUCUUCGCUGCCAUUUCUCAGUCCUACGCCGGAUUUGGUCCUUCCUGGAUCCUCGGAGGACCGUUCAUGAGACAAUAUUGCAAUAUUCAUGAUAUUGGAAAGCAAAGAGUCGGAUUCGCUCUCUCUCUCACUAGUGCAUAGACUAUAAAGUGGAGUUUGAUCUCAUCUCUCUAUUCGUUUUGGACCAUUGACAGACGUGACUGCUUUAGAUCAAUAACUGCUUAAAUUGUUUUCUUGCCCCUUCGGCGAAAAAGAAAAUUUCGCGCGCUUUUUUGCGUGCGGCUCUCAGUGUCGAUUUACUGGAAACUGUCGUACUCGUUGUCCGCUCAUGCGGGAUUAAAGGAUUAGCACAGUUUUCCCCCACUUUCCUUGCCAGCCAAAGUUUCGCUCAAUUCUUCCCCCAACUCUUCCACCAACUCUUCCCACAAUUCUUCGCUCAAUUCUUCGCUCAACUCUUCGCUCAAUUGUUCGCUCAAUUCUUCCCUCAAUUCUUCCCUCAAUUCUUCCCUCAAUUCUUCCCUCAAUUCUUCCCUGAAUUCUUCCCUGAAUUAUUCCCGAAUGCUUCUCCUCCUUCUCCUCUUCCUUCUUCUCCCAUCCGCUUCUUCGUUCCUUUUCCCUUCUUCCGGCGGCUCCAACUGUGGUUGCUCAUGCACUCCACGGCCUUCCACGUGUCCCACUCCGACUCCGUGCGCUCCCAUCAUGACGUGUCAACCGGUGGCCGCAGCAGCUCCUGUCUCAACGUGCUGUAACUCUUGUAACACUUGCAAAACGAGAAGAAAGCAUUGCAGGUUCACAUGAAAUUUGUUAUCCUCCAUUCCCCCAUUGUCGAGCAACAACAGCUCAUGUUCUGAAUGUUCGCGUUCGCUCAAUGUCUAUUGCACGAGAUGCCAAGCACGACAUCUGUGCAUUCACGCUACAUUGCGAAAAGACAUGGCAGGGUGCCAGCCUAAGGAACAACGCUUAAACUCCGUAUCGCCGCGACGCUUAAUCGCAAUCGCUACGCAGCGAAUACGGUGCAACCUGCAUAUCUAAUUGCGUCCCCGUGCUAUUGCCGAUCGACACGACAACUGCGUGCGGCGACAUUGCGAAAACGUGCGCGCACUCUGCGUUUCUUGCCCAGCCCAUCAGCUGACGUACACCAGUCUCCCUGUUCUCGCCUCGGCCCAUUCGCUCUCAGUGUGCGUGUGUGUGUGUGUGUGUGCAUCGACUCCAUUCCUUCUCAUUUGGCAUCGACUCCCUUACCCAUCUUAUCUUUCCUUUUCCAUCCCUAGCGUAUUUCAGAAAUCAUGUACACCAUUGCUGCUGAACAGAACAAUGAUUCUAUCAACUAUAUUGGAUUCAAUCAGGACUCGAAGUGAGAUAUUUCAUAAAGUAAAUCAAUGCAUCGAUACACUUCCAAUUUCAGGAUAAUUUGUGUCGGCACAAGGAUGGCUACAUGUUCUACAAGACGGUAGACAUCCUCGACAACGCGACACUCACCUAUGAAGGAGAGAAUCUGACCCGUAAGUUUUCACAGAAAGAUGGUAAUUGUUGAACUUCCCGAAAUGUUCAGAUCUCGGGCUCAAUAACUGUCUGCUCGUGGAGCGUCUUUUCUCGUCGGCGCUGAUGGUGGUGAUCUCGCAGAAGGAUCCGAGAGUCCUGCACGUAUAUCACUUCACCAGCCGCAACAUCAUCUGUGAUCACCGCUUCAACAAGUCCGUCCUCACAGUGAGACUGAACAGAGACGUAAGUACCACCUGGUCUAUCAGUAAUAUAAUUGGUCGCCGACAGAGGAGAUUAGUAAUAUUAUAAUCGGUGGUCCACAGAGAAGAUUAGUAAUAUAAUUGGUGAUCUGCAGAGGAGAUAAGUAAUAUAAUUGGUGGUCUACAGAGAAUCGUCGUGUGCCUGGAGGACUGCAUCUAUAUUUACAACCUGAAGGACAUGAAAAUGAUGCACAACAUUAUGGACACCCCGAUGAACAAGCUCGGAGUCCUGGACCUCACGAGCAAUGCCGGCAACGCGGUCAUCGCGUUUCCGGGAAGCACAGAGACUGGAUCUGUGCACCUGUUCGACGCGAUCAACCUUUCGUCGGUCAACACGUUCGUGGCUCAUGAGGGGACUCUCGCCUGUCUGAAAUUCAACCAGGAAGGAACGAUGAUCGCCACUGCCAGCACGAAGGGAACCGUCAUCCGCGUCUACUCGGUGCCCAAUGGAAGCCGUCUUUUCGAGUUUCGACGCGGAGUCUCUCGCUGUGUGACCAUCUAUUCUCUGUGUUUCUCCGCGGACUCCAAGUACCUUUCCUCGUCAUCGAACACUGAAACAGUGCAUGUUUUCAAGCUCGAAAGGACUGAGAGCGCCGACACAAAACAGUUAGUUUCCAUUCAUUAGCAGUCUUUUAUUUCAUUCCCUCUGCAGAGAAUCGUCGAGUGAAGGUGGAGGCUGGUUCGACACCAUCAACAAGACCUUGUCGGCUUACAUGCCGUCGCAAGUCUUGCAAGUGAGUGAGCUGAUGACGACAGAGCGAAGCUUCGCCACCGCCAAACUUCCAGGCGCCACGAGAAGCAAUCAAGUCUCACUUGUCACGUAAGUACUCACAUCCGUAUAGCAAACUCUCAAAGCACUCGUUUAUUUCAGUCACAAAGACCAGCAAUACGUAAUGACCGCCACUUCCGACGGCUUCGUGUACGCGUAUCGUCUGGAUCCAGAAGGCGGAGAGCUCGAUCUCAUCAAGCAGCACCGCAUCGGGGCCAAAUCGGGCACUUGCCGUUUCAGCCCGACUUCCACGAGCGGAGAAUCAAGCGGAGCGAACAGUGUGGAACCAAAAAGUAGUGACGCUGCGAAAAGUGAUAGAUCUGUGUGAUCAAGUGUCCAUUUAGACCAAGUGGUUCCGAACAUGGAUGACCCGGACGACUUCCCACCGAUGAGCCAUACGAGCGGCUGA